AUGACCAACCAGACCAUUUGGGCUGAGAUCCUCAGCCAAGCUGAGGAGGACAUCAAGAAGGUAAUGGCGGACAUGCAGAAGGUCCAGAGAAGGGAGAAGCACUGGCUGACUUUGGGUGACACUUCCCUUCCUUUCUUCAGUGAUGGACCCCCAGGAGGAAGAGCAAUGGAGGAGGGGGGAGCAGCAGAGAGAUGUCGAGGCUAGGAGAGGUGGGGCAGGGGCUCCAGUCCCCACAGGGGUGACCCUCUGAUCCUGCUGGGUCUCAAUGAAAGAUUAACCAGAUAUUUCAGUAUCAAUGAGAACAACCAGAGUUUCUCUCUGCAAAAUGGCACCGAGUCCUGCCCUGGGGGCACCCUCCAGCCCAGCCACCCUGUGUCACCUGCGAGACUACCAGAAGAGGUCUCAGAGGAUGCUCAGCCCCCACAGCUGGGACGAGAGAGAUCCCAGGCACAAAACUGCAGGCAGCAGCAAGAGGAUCCCAGGGUGCUGACCAAGGAGGAGCCUGUUCCAGAAUUGCUGGAGCCUGGGGUCCCCGAAGCUUAUCCUGUCUUUGAGCCAGUGUCCCUUGUCCUUAAGACAGCCCAGGUUGAUACAGAGGACUGUCAAAAGUGGUUUAAAUUCAAUCCUGGAGAAAAUCUGUCAUCCUCUUCAAUAGCUUUCACUGGACGAACAUUUGAAGGUCAUAUGCAACAAGGAGAAUUAAAAUAUACCAAUCAAUUAGCUUUGGCGACUCCAAAGACUGCAGCCAAACAUGCUGUUCAGAAACUAGACACGCUCAUUAGCUGUGUUGCUGCAACGAUCAAUACUAUUUUUCAGUUGGUAAAUAUUUUACCAUCUGUGAUAUUGGACAAAACUCUCCCAGGGUACUCUAGUUUAGGAGAAACAUCAGAAAAGGUCUUAAAACAACCUCUUGGAAAUGCUGUGAACUGCAAAGCUAGGCAGAUCCGAUACAUUCUGAAAUAUAAAGGAGAAAGAAAUGCACCAAGAGUAAAAAUUCCUGGUUACUCACGAUUCUUUUCACCUCUCCACCUUGACCCAGCUUUCAUUCUGCCCGAGACACCCACAGGAGAAGUUAUUUCUGCCAGCGAGAGCAGCAGCAUCAGUAACAGCACAGCCAUGCCAGGUAAAAAUAACCUCUAUGGAGAGUCCUGUCACAGACGAACCUGA